AUGAUGCAUCCACUUCUGCUAAAACUCUUCCCCGAGCGUUGCGCCGAACACCGAAAUCAGCAAGGAAUGACCGGUGAUGGACCGAUGCACGCCUCGGAUCGUUUGCAACACGCAAUGAUGGGUGAACUUUCGUAUUUUCCCAAUCAACUUCCACCACCGCCUCAGCCUUAUGUCAACAUGCACCACGAUCGUCAAGUCAUGCAUCAUCGAACCUUUGGAAAGAAAUCGGGACAAGGUGAUCGUGGCUUUUACGAAGACCCUAGAAAAAUUUAUCGAAAUCACGGGGAUGUUUUCUUCCAACCAUUCGGCUAUCAACAACAAAAUCAGCCGCCAUAUGUGCCACCUCCUGCAAACAUGAAGAGAAGCAAACAAAUCCUCAAGGAAGUUGCCGACAUUGCCAUCCCAAGUUCACAUAAAGAGGAAAAACAUUCAAAGGUUUUGGCUGAAGCUACGAUCGAUGGUGGAGCCAAAGUGAUCUCAUAUGUUGAUGUUGAGGGAACAAGACGCGUUCGCAUUGAAUAUGAUCGCAAAAGCAUGCUUGAAGCUUCUCAAUCACCCUUUGCUCGGAUUGCACCAUCCUGUAUGCGUAAUGUUGUAAUGAAAAUGCCGGAAAUUGUGCCAAAAUUUCCACGCGCUUUUAACGCCAAGGAGUACGAAAAAAACCGUCACCAU